AUAUAUAAGAAAACCCCGAAUCAAACUCAGUUCUCUCUCUCUCUCUCUCUUUCUCUCUCUAUCUGCCUGCUUCUCGCAGAAGUAGCACCCCGAGCAAGCCAAGCGACAAUGGAAACCCCAAGGCACAGUUGCCUAAAGCUCGUACUCCCGAACCCCAACGAACCCAAGAAGACCGAGCCCAUCUUCGUCAAGGCCACAUGGUUCGAUACCCGCUUCGACCUCUCCAUCACCGACGGCCUCGAUGCUUGGGUUUGCCAAGCAUCUGAAGAGGAAGUGAUAGAAAGAGCGGCUCAGUGGGAUCAGCCCGUCUCCGAGUACAUUGAAUUGGCCGAGCGUUAUUUGGGGUUUCAACAGCCUGGUUCGGUUUAUAAGUUCACUGAUGCUGGUGAUGGGAAUAGAAGAUUAUCAUGGACGUUUGAGAAAGAAGGGACCAAACUAGAGUGGCGAUGGAAGUGUCGACCUUCACCUGACCGUAAGAGCGCUACUUCAGGAAUCUUGGACUUUCUUAUGGAUGCCAACAUAAGAUUAAGUGAAGAAGUUGUGAGUAAAACUAAAUCGUUUGAUAGGCUGAAAGUGGAAGCCGAGAAAUGUCUAGCGCAAAGUGAGAAAUUCAACAAUGAGAAGAUGGAGUUUGAGUCUGCAAUCUAUGCAAAGUUUCUUGGUGUCUUGAACACAAAGAAAGCAAAACUUAGAGAACUUCGUGAUCAGCUCGCCAAGCAGGAUGCCGCUGGGAAAUUUGCACAAGAAGAUGAAGAGUCUGCAGAAAAGACAGAGACUUUUGAUGAUGAAAUGAGUGAUGAUGCAGAAAGCAAGGAAGAAACUGCGGAUGCAGGAACAUCAAAGGCUGUGCCAAGGAGCAAUGCCCGAGGGAGGAAAAGGAUUACACGGAAGUAGUGUCCUGCGGGCCAAGUUAACCGACUCUUGGUGCUGUGACUUUGUUAGACAAAUUGUGGUUUCUGUUGACCUGCAGAGGUAUUAUAAAAACCUUGAAUGUCCUCUAUAUAACCAGAAAAGAGAAACUAGGCCAAUGGAACUAAUUAUACCUGUUGUUAAGUUGUACAUAUUUCUACAGAGCAUUAGGAAGUAACUCUAGGGAUCAUUUUCAUUAGAAGUGUGGAGCUUUCGUCAUUUCAUUCAAUUUUGUUGGUCCUUGACACUAAGAUUGUAUGGGUUGAAAGGUUUAAUGAUCUUUCCCUUAGGAAAAAAAAGCCUGCAUCCACCUAAAUUUGGACUUGGGCUGUCCCAA